CUCCAGUGAUUUCUGGCUUCGUUUCAGGUCUUCAGCAUCCACCGUUCCUUGUUUUCUUUUCAUUUGGGAUUGAUUUUUCAUCGCAAAGGACAAAUUUUCAGUUGCUUUGGACUGCCCGACAGCUUUGUCUCGCGAGUGAGGAGGUCAUGGAGAAAAUUCAGCAAAUUCUAGAGGAUUUGACAGAAGAGGAGAUGAAACGCUUCAGGUACUUAUUGGGAGAGCACCGGGUACCAGCUGGCAAACUAGAAAAUGCCGAUGCUUUCAAGGUGGUGGAUCUGCUGAAGAAAUUCUACAAGGAGAAGCAGAAAGCGACAAACGUGGUUGUGGACAUUCUGGAAAGCAUACCCCGAAUGGAUCUGGUGGACAAGCUGAUAAGGGGAAAGGGCCUUGAUGAACUUGAUGGACAUAGGAAACACUCAGUGAGUGAUCUAGAACGAUCAGUGAGCCAUCUAGAACGAGUAUCGGUAGAAGUGAAGCCUGAUCGUGUCCAAGAUUCAGCGUUAAAGCAGCCAAUCAAUCAGAGAAAAGGGAAAGCAAACAUCUUGACCUCAAGUAAAGUGGAAGCCAAAGACUAUGGUCGUGAUGGAAAGCUACGAUACCCUUCUUUGAUCCAAAUCGCUUUGGGCUUCACAAUCAGUGUUUUGGCAACUGCUUCGACGAUUUUAACGCCCCAUAGCCCAUUUCAACCAGUCCUCAUUCCAUGGUGGUCUGGCAUUCUGUUUUGUGUUAUAGGAAUGAUUCCAUUGCUACCCCUCAGGAAAAGCGAAAAAUUUAAGUUACUUACUAUACUUGGCAUGAACAUCAUAGGUUUGCUGAUUGCUAUAACGUCAAUGGGAUUAUCAGUCUGGAAUGGAACUAGCCAGAAUGUAAGCAAAACGAUUUGCAUGUCCAGUUAUCAUUGGAUAAUAACUUUCUUUGCUGCCAUUCAACUGGUCCUCUCUGGCUGGAUCAUCAGUCUCACCAGCUUCUGGUUAGAUAAGGAAUUCCAAAACUUGAGGGCUCCUAAUCCCUGACCAGAACUGAUUCGGUCAAUAUAUGUUUGUGAUGAACGUGCCCCAGGCUUUACAUUGCUCUGCUGAGAGGUCAUCGACAUGAAUCGUUAUCAAUGAUUCCAUCUUCGCAAAUGGUGCCUAUUGAAUAUUUUCCAAUUGUUGACAUUUUCCUUUCCGAUUUCCAAGGUGAGGGAAUAUCGGUGUGAUAUGUUUUACUGUAUUAGCCACUGGUGCAUAACUUCCCUGAAACUUAACAUUUCUUGUUCGGUUCCCAUCUUGUCCAGUGUGAAAAACAAGAGACUUUUAAAAAUAAAUUUACAGUAGACAGAGGAACCUCGAUUAUCCGAAUGAGAUGAGCGGGCGCUACUCCAUUCGGGUAAUUGAUUAUUCGGUAAAAUGAUUCGAUGUCUCUCCUCCGAGGCUCAGGGUGUUAUGUUAAGUCCGUGCCCCCAUCCAGGAAAUGAGGCAGCAGCUCCCACCUUUCCCUGGUCUACCCCCACCCCGUGUACAUACACUGCCCCCACCCCUGCCUGUCCCCCAACCCAGCCCCCCCACGUCCUCUCCCCGCAUGUUCCCCAACCCCGUCCAUCAAUGCCACCCCCAACCCGCAGGGCCCCCAACCCCAUCCAAUCCUGCCCCCCCCCCCGUCUGCCCCCCAAUCCUGCCCAACUCCCCCCAACCCCAUCCAACACCAACCCCCUUCAGUCUUCACCCCUGCCCACAACCCCCAAACCCAUCCAACCCCUGCCCGUUCUGAUCCCGUCCAACACGACACCCCCCCGCCCCCGUCUGCCCCCACCCUGGUCCACCCUCCCAAUCCCAUCCAAUCCCACUCCCUGCCCCCCCCCCCAUCCUACACCACCCCCUGUCUGUCCCCACCCUGGCCCACUCCCGCAAUCCCAUCUAACCCUGCCCC